GAAGUUCCCAUUUGAUGAUUCGCGUGUAUGACAAUGGAUGGAGCAUCAGAUGCCAUCCUUCCUUCGGACCAGCUCCCCCAUCCUAUAUAAUCACCUCCCUCUCACUUAUAGUAUAUCUGUAUCUAUCUUUAUAUCCCUCUUCAAAUUGACCACUGCGUCUCUCUCUCUCUCUCUAGGCAAUCGAAAUGGCGGAUCAGCUCACAGACGAUCAGAUCUCUGAGUUCAAGGAGGCUUUCAGCCUCUUCGACAAGGACGGCGAUGGUUGUAUCACUACCAAGGAGCUUGGCACAGUAAUGCGGUCUUUGGGACAAAACCCAACAGAAGCUGAGCUUCAGGACAUGAUUAAUGAGGUUGAUGCUGAUGGCAAUGGGACAAUUGAUUUCCCAGAGUUCCUGAACCUGAUGGCGCGCAAAAUGAAGGAUACUGACUCUGAGGAGGAGCUCAAGGAAGCUUUUCGGGUUUUUGACAAGGAUCAGAAUGGCUUCAUCUCUGCAGCUGAGCUCCGCCAUGUAAUGACAAACCUUGGUGAAAAGCUGACAGAUGAGGAAGUUGAUGAGAUGAUUCGCGAGGCUGAUGUGGAUGGUGAUGGGCAGAUCAACUACGAGGAGUUCGUCAAGGUCAUGAUGGCCAAGUGAGGACCUAUCAACCCAACUCUAGAAUUUGGAAAGUGCAAAAGACUUUUAAAAAAAAAAAAGUUUAAGAUUUCUAUUUCUGAUACAUUGGGUAUUAGUAGGUCUGCUUGGCUGUUUGUCUGUUUUCCUGUUUGCAUUUGUUGGUAGUUCUGCGCUUUAGUUUCUGCUUGUUUGCUCUGUCUCUUGCUUUAGUUGGGGUUGUUAGUAUCCUUCAUCUCAUGUCUGGUAUCUUCUUCUAACACAUGUUAUUAUGAACCUAGAACAUUUGGGAGUGUUGUGAUAUUUUUGCUUGCGGGGUGCCUAA